UUUAUAUCUUGACCAUAUUGCUAUUUUGCACUUAUCACCAGAUAUUAUCAUUACUGAAUGCAUCUUCCCUUGAAGACUCUGUGCUUUAGAAACUUUUGAAAUCCCUUUUGCCUACACAGUGCCUGAUACAUGCCCAAUAAAUGCCAAUCGGAUCAACCACCCCCAACUCUAGAAGGCUGAACCACUAGCAUUUGGGGAGUACUGUCAACAUCAGAAGAUAAGGGAGGCUGCAUAGGUGGAUGAGAACAGCAAAGAUUCACGGUGUAAAGAAGAAUUGAGUUCUCCUAAGGUGAUCACGCUGAAGUCUAGAAGACCCUAACUACUGGCUGAGAGCACACAGGGAAUGAAGGUUUUCUUGUGUUUCUUUAAUCACUAAAAAUUCCUCAACUACCUAUUGUGUAUCCUCUGUGCUUGGCACUGAGGAAUAAAAGACAAAUGAUGAGACCUUCCUCUUCUCCCCUGAGCUUUAUGAAGAAUGAUUACUCACAAUGACAGAUGCUGUAAUAAAUAGACACAUACAUGCACUCAGGCCUCAUCACGCCUCUGCCUGAACUCCCCAGUAGUACAGCACUGCCCUUGAGCCCAGCGGAGCAAAAUGAGAACGCAGUGAGCCGGCCCAGCCUCUCUCCCAGCCGUCCCCGACGCCCACCAUGAACCACUUGGAGGGCUCCACGGAGGUGGAGGUGACCGACGAGGCGGCAGGCGGGGAGGUGAACGAGUCGGUGGAGGCCGACCUGGAGCGCCCCGAGGUGGAGGAGGAGCAGCAGCAGGCGCUGCAGCAGCCGCAGCCACACUAUGCGGGCCGCCACCCGCGCGGGCGUGCCAUCGUCCAGGACCCCCGCGCCCAGCUCGGGCAGCAGCAGCAGGAGGAGGAGGAGCGCGGGGACUGCCUGGCGCGCUCCGCCAGCACCGAGAGUGGCUUCCACAACCACACGGACACGGCCGAGGGCGACGUGAUCGCCGCGGCCCGCGACGGCUACGACGCCGAGGACGAGAGCGCCUACGCCGUGCAGUACCGGCCAGAGGCCGAGGAGUACACGGAGCAGGCCGAGGCCGAGCACGCCGAGGCCACGCACCGCCGGGCGCUGCCCAACCACCUGCACUUCCACUCGCUGGAGCACGAGGAGGCCAUGAACGCCGCCUACUCGGGCUACGUCUACACGCACCGGCUCUUCCACCGCGGCGAGGACGAGCCCUACGCUGAGCCCUACGCCGACUAUGGCGGCCUCCAGGAGCACGUGUACGAGGAGAUCGGGGACGCGCCCGAGCUGGACGCGCGCGACGGGCUGCGGCUCUACGAGCAGGAGCGCGACGAGGUGGCCGCCUACCGUCAGGAGGCCCUGGGCGCGCGGCUGCACCACUACGACGAGCGCUCCGAUGGCGAGUCCGACAGCCCCGAGAAGGAGGCCGAGUUCGCGCCCUACCCGCGCAUGGACAGCUACGAGCAGGAGGAGGACAUCGACCAGAUCGUGGCCGAGGUCAAGCAGAGCAUGAGCUCGCAGAGCCUCGACAAGGCUGCCGAGGACAUGCCCGAGGCCGAGCAGGACCUGGAGCGCGCCCCCACCCCGGGCGGGGGCCGCCCCGACAGCCCCGGGCUGCAGACGCCGGCAGGGCAGCAGCGGGCGGCGGGGCCGACGGGCGGCGAGGCCGGGCAGCGGUACAGCAAGGAGAAGAGGGACGCCAUCUCGCUGGCCAUCAAGGAUAUCAAGGAGGCCAUCGAGGAGGUGAAAACCAGGACCAUCCGUUCGCCUUACACCCCCGACGAGCCCAAAGAGCCCAUCUGGGUCAUGCGCCAGGACAUUAGCCCCACCAGGGACUGUGACGACCAGAGGCCCGUGGACGGAGACUCUCCGUCUCCGGGCAGUUCGUCGCCCCUGGGUGCCGAGUCGUCGAGCACACCCCUUCAUCCCAGUGACCCUGCUGAAGCCUCCACAAACAAAGAGUCAAGAAAAAGCUUGGCUUCCUUCCCAACCUACGUUGAAGUUCCCGGACCUUGUGACCCUGAAGACUUGAUCGAUGGAAUCAUCUUUGCAGCCAGUUACCUCGGCUCAACCCAGCUGCUGUCAGACAAGACUCCCUCCAAAAACGUGCGCAUGAUGCAGGCCCAGGAAGCAGUAAGCAGGAUCAAGAUGGCCCAGAAAUUAGCCAAAAGCAGGAAGAAGGCUCCUGAGGGCGAGUCUCAGCCCAUGACCGAGGUGGAUCUCUUCAUCUCUACCCAGAGAAUUAAAGUGCUGAACGCCGACACACAGGAGACCAUGAUGGACCACCCUCUGAGGACCAUUUCCUACAUCGCGGACAUCGGGAACAUCGUCGUGCUGAUGGCCCGCCGGCGGGUGCCCCGCUCCAACUCCCAGGAGCACGUGGAGGCCUCCCACCCGUCCCAGGAUGGCAAAAGGCAGUACAAGAUGAUCUGCCACGUCUUUGAGUCUGAGGACGCCCAGCUGAUCGCACAGUCCAUCGGGCAGGCAUUCAGUGUGGCAUACCAGGAGUUCCUCAGGGCCAAUGGCAUCAACCCUGAAGACCUCAGCCAGAAGGAGUACAGCGACCUGCUGAACACCCAGGACAUGUACAAUGACGACCUGAUCCACUUCUCCAAGUCGGAAAACUGCAAAGACGUUUUCAUCGAGAAGCAGAAAGGAGAAAUCCUGGGCGUGGUGAUUGUGGAGUCCGGCUGGGGCUCCAUCCUGCCAACUGUGAUCAUAGCCAACAUGAUGCACGGGGGCCCCGCCGAGAAGUCGGGGAAGCUGAACAUCGGGGACCAGAUCAUGUCCAUCAACGGCACCAGCCUGGUGGGCCUGCCGCUCUCCACCUGCCAGAGCAUCAUUAAGGGCUUAAAGAACCAGUCCCGAGUGAAGCUGAAUAUCGUGCGAUGUCCGCCAGUGACCACUGUGUUAAUCCGCAGACCAGACCUCCGCUACCAACUGGGUUUCAGCGUGCAGAAUGGAAUCAUCUGCAGCCUCAUGCGAGGGGGAAUAGCUGAGCGUGGGGGCGUCCGUGUGGGACAUCGGAUCAUUGAGAUCAACGGACAGAGCGUCGUGGCCACCCCCCACGAGAAGAUCGUCCACGUCCUCUCCAGUGCUGUCGGCGAGAUCCACAUGAAGACGAUGCCGGCCGCCAUGUACAGGCUGCUGACGGCCCAGGAGCAGCCGGUCUACAUCUGAGCGCGCGCCCGCCUCCGCGGCGGCCUGCAUGGAAGACUGUCCUCACCGUGGUUGUGUUUCUUGUGCCACAUCCGUGUGUCCGCUGAGACUUCCCCUCCCACGCCGGGCAUUCGGUCUUCCACAGCGAGAGGAGACCCCGCCAGGACCUCUGGGCGCGCUCUCUCCCUCUCUCCAGUCUGCAUUUUCUUUUAAUCCCAGGGAACUUCCCUUUGUGCUCCCGUGAGGACAGAGAACAGCGAGCGUCCACCUGGGGUCCACCUGAAGACAUCCGGGGUUCCUGAGGUGGCCGUCACUGCCCAAGAGGGACCCAUCCUCCCUGGGGACAGUGAGGAGGAGGCUGAGCCAGCAGUGCCUAAGACCCCAUCGCUGAUCUCAGCUUGGCUGCCAUCCGUUUAUGGGAUGCGGCCCUAAGGGGGUUCAGGGAGGGGGCAGCCCACACCCCUGAUGUCACGCACUGGCUGCCACCUACGGGUGCACCCCAGUGUUAUUUCCACCCAGGAUAUUUGAGCCAAUCGCAAACCCCUCCUUUCGCUAUUAUGUCUUUUCUAAUCUGGCCCAUCCCACCCAAAGAUGAGAGGAGAAAUUGCAGCCUUGGACGAGGCCACCAGGGUGUGGAAGAGAGUGGGGCCAUUUGUGGGACGUCCCAAGCUUUGCCAGGUUGCCAGGAGAUGGUCAGCCAUUGGAUAAACAUGGGCAGGUAGGAUCUGCCUGGUCCCCUCUACACAGGUAGCCCUCCCUUGCUGAGCGCCCUCCCCACUCCUCCCCCCACCCCCGACCAGCAGGGUCUCUUGGGGGGGGGCCUUUCUGUUGCUCAGAGUGUCCUCCUGCUGGCCUCCCCUUGUCACCCCCGACACACCCACACAACCCAGGAAGUCUGAGGAGGAGGAGUGGGUCCCUUGGAAGAAGAGAUCCUGGUCCUUGGCAGGAGCAAGCUGCUGCUGUGUUCCGGACCACUAGGCGAGAUGUGAGCGCUGAAAGACCAGAACAGUACAUGCGCCACAAAAUUAAGGGCACAGUGGUGACCUCAGGCUAUGCCUCAGAAUCCCCAAAUGUGUCCCAGAAGCAUCGCCUGGCUGCCGUGGAAUCCGUGUAUCGUUGCUGGCUUCCACUCACAUUGUGCAGGGCUUUUAGUCCUCCUCGUAUUCAGAGCCAGUUCUCGCUUUUUCCCGGUCCAAAGAGCAUUCUGUGGUCCUGUGGGCUGUGUGCUUCAGUUUUGUUUUUGUUUCAUUCCUGACCUCAGUGGAGACAGGGGAAGAGAAAGGAGUAUAUUUUGUAGUAUUACCAGAGUCCCUGUUCUCUGCGCCCAGGGUUUGUACAUUGUGUCUGUAGAAACAGGAAUCCAGUAAGCAUCCGUGGGGUAGGAAGCAUUUAUAAAGGGAACAGAGGCUUUUCAGGGAGGGAAGACGGGAAUUAGCAAGAUUCGGCAGGACAGGGCUCUGUGGCUUGUCCUGGGUCAGGCUGCCUUCAGAGAUUCUUGUGUAGGAUCAGGGAAGCCCAGCGCUGCAGAGGAAUGAGUAGCUCCAUGCCAACGCUGCCCUGAUGUCCUGUGUGGGAAGGGGCUGCCGUGCCUCCAGGAAGCCCUGCUGGUUGGAGCCAGGGGAGCCAGGAGUGGGGUGACCCAGGCCCCUGAAGCUGCAGGGAGACAGCCCGAAGCAGAGCCAGGUCUCAGUUUGCCUCUGGUGGAAUCAGGAAACAGCAGGGUGUCUGGUAAUGUUAGCUACUAAAGAGCCAUCAGGUCAGCCACCCCCCUACCCCGCCGCCACCGGCCAGCGAGGGGCAGUGGGCAGAAAGGAAGGGAGGUGGCGGGGCGGGGUGCCGCAAGCAUCAGGAGCCCUGUGCGCUCCAGCAGCCAAGACUUGCAUGGAGUCGCGAGGCCCGCCCACCAUUGGUCAGGGGACAGGAGCUGGCCAGCACGACCCUCUACAACCCCCUAAUAACUGAAGUAUUUCACCUCACAGAGAGGAGAGAAAAUAACUUCUAUUCCUGUUACACAGAAGUCCUGGUGACUGAGAGGUGCAGAGAGCGCCAGCGGCGUAGCUCUGCAGGAGGACUAGCGUUUGCGCGGAAGGUUUGUGUUGAUAAGGGGCUCCUCAGGCCCCGCCUCCCCGGAGCAUGUGGCAGCUGGAGCUGGGCGCAGGCUCACGCUCUCCCUCCUCCCCUGCUCGUGUGGGAGGCAGGCAGCUGGCUCCAGUGCUUGACUGAGGACGAGCCUGACGCUUAAACGGCAGUCACUCCAUUCCCAAAGUCCCACGAGAAGUGGCAGUCUCUCUGCCCUGUCCCCUCCCAAUACACAUAGUUAUAUAUGUAAAUAUGUCCCUACCCUGGCUCACAGGGAAGCCCACGUGGAGAGCACCUUCCCCUCACCCUGCCUCUGCCUUCCCUCCUGGGGAGCAUUCAGGGAGCCACCAUCAGCCUUGGGUCCACAAGAAGAAGGAUCGCCCAGAAACCAAUGCCCGGAGCCCACGUCGCCAGCGACACCCUUGGGCCUCACUGGGGGUGGAGCCCAUCCCAGGGGCACCGCGUCGCCGCACACAGGUUUGCUUUCCGACCAUUGCCCAUCAACACCGGCGUUCAGGGAGCCCCAAAGUAACCUACUACCUCCCCCAUCGCUGCUCCUGCCCCACAGCCCCAGCCGCACCCGGCACCCCCGAUGCAGCUGGAGCUAAACCCAUCCACAGCGCUCUUGUCGGGUCUCCCGAGCCGCUGGUGUAGCAAUGUUUACAACCAAGGGCCACCUCUUCUUGGACGUCUUCACACUCACGCUCCCAGGGCCACUCGCCGGCUGGAGUGUCACGUCUGUCUGCUCCUUCCCUGGCUGGGGUCCACGUGCACCCGUGACUCGCAUCUUAUUUCUCCUUCCUCCUCCGAGGCAGUGUGUGAGGACCGUGUGGGAGUGACAUUCCUUGUACAUACCUACCACAGCACCUAGCGUCUGAACUUGUACCAUUGUCCUGGAAAGGGGGCGCAAUAGAGCUUGUCGCAAAGCAUCGGGAGAAGUAUAGUAUUGUAUUUGUAACAAUAUUGUUCUUUGUAUACACAAAACUCAAUGAUCUCUAUAUAUAAAUAUAAAUAAAAUAUAUAAAUAAAAUAUAUCUACCCAUGAGCCUGGAAUGUUGACACUGCGCACCCACUGAAUGUAUCUCCCCUGACAGUCUGGUCGCUGGUCCCGGCCCGCCCGCCCCUUCUGCAUACCGUGGCCCCGGUCGUCUGCUUUGGGGUUGUGAUGUAAUCCAUGUGCUAUCUUCCUUUAUUUAAUUGAACGCUGAUGUCUGUAUAAGAGUUGCUGCAACAAUAAACAAGACCUUCACCUCUUG